AUGGAGAUUUCGGAAACCCCGGAGACUUGGCCGAGCCAUGCUGCCCCUAUCUUUUCUGAUACCAAGACUACGGGACAUGGCCAAGCCCCCUUCUAUCCAACCCACCUUGGCGCGUACGCAGACUCUCAGACGCAGCCGCACUGGGAAGAGUACGAAGGCCUCUCCGGAGCUCGAGUGGCCGCAGUUCCAUUCCACGAGUACUACCAUCCCAUCAACGGCUUGUAUCACUCGGUCGAAGAAUUGUAUCCUUCAGAGGCUCUGGGCUCUUCUGUUCACGCUGGGUGCCUCGAUGAACCAACACUGCAACCGAUGAAUUCAGCGGUUGUUUCCCUAGGAAGCCAAUAUUCCAACUUUGCCAAUCCCUCGCAACUGGCUGGCUGCUACAGGACUGGCCCUUAUCCAACCGCACGUCAGGCAGGUGGUGGCACACUUGGCCCUGAACAAGUAGCGGAUUGUUGUGGACAGCCGAGACACUGGGAAGUGUCGGCUGGGCUUGCGACAUGCUCGACUUGGAUAUCGCCCCCGCCCAGCACAAUGGCGUUGUCCAGCGGCUCGUGUAGUCCUAAGGACAUGUGCAUCGUGACCCCUCGCCGAUGCCCCUUUCCUGAGCAUCAACUCACGGCGCAUGCCCAAGCAUCUCCGCCCCAUGCCAUCGAGCCCGUAACGGCUAGACCGAGCCCCGAGGUUGAAAUGCGUUCCAACUACGGCGCCGCCAGGAAGAGCAAUGCCAUCAUCUCCGGACACGACAAGCCGGCGAGCUCCGAAAGAGCCAAGACAGGUGGUCGAAGAAAACGUACAAUGACGGAGGAAGAACGCCGAGCUAUAGCGGACACUAGGCAGAUUGGUGCUUGCAUCAGAUGCCGCAUGCAGCGCCUCAAGUGCGAUGUCAACCCUGAUGACCGCCAAGGGCCCUGCCUUACAUGUUCCCGAGUCGACAUGAGUUCCGCCAAAGUCGUCCACCGACAGCCUUGCAUUCGAACCAAACUCUCCGACGUCGUCCUAUACCGUGACCCCAACACGGCGAGUGGUGAAACCUGGGGGUCCCCUGCAAAAGUCCCCGGUCCCAGACUGUGGGAUGGCGAUAACACGUACAGGAUCAACCUGGUGAUGCGGGGACUCUGUUCGGUGCCCAUGACCAUCGAAGUGAGGCGGUUCGUGGAAAGCCCCGGGGAUCAAGUCAACUAUAGAUGGCUGGACGAGGGAAGCGGCGAGGUUCGGAAGACUGCCCUCGAGCCAUACGCCCUCGUCAGCGUCAACGAGACGCGCAAAGCCUUUGACGAAUACGUCGAGGCCAACGCCGUCGGCAGCUGGGAGGAGAAGACUAAGAGGGGCGAUGCCAACCAGCUCAUCCUCGACCAUUACAAGAACGCCCUGGAGCACUACAACAGAGUCAACGACGCCGAGAAUGUUGUUGACCAAAGGCUUUUGUUGAAUUUUUUCAAGCUGCGCUUUGCACUUCACGUCAGCAUGCACCCUUCGUGGGUCUACGACAGAAACACCAAAAGCGCCAGCUGUCUGGGCAUGAUGCCUGCCAAGGGUGAUUUCCAUCCUCUGCUCGAUCGGGUCCCGACACCUCCGAUGAUCACCGAGCAGUUCAACUCGAUCAGCCACAUAGUAGUGCUCAAGUACCACGAGCAGGUGCUGGAAGACCUCGAGAAGAUCUGCUGCAAGAAGAUACGGACGUCCUUCUUCACGGUCUACGCCGUCGUGUUCCUGAUGUUGCACGAGCUUGCCGUCAUGACGGAACACCACCGUCUGGACGCCCUACUGUGCCAGGGCAAAGAGCAGCAACCGCGACAAUACGCGUACCUAUCGUACCUCGAAAUGGUGAAGAAGAGCGCCAACAUCCUGUUGCUCCAUUGGCAGUACUACAGGAGAGCACCCGACUCCCUAUGCCCGGCGGACAGCUGGAUCGGCGACCAUAUCACAAAGUGGUUCUGGACGGGGCUCAGCAGCGAGCAUGAGAAGUUUUGCCGAGAGAACUGGCAAAAGAUGAGGGAGAUGCGAGAGGACGUCCGCUGCCCCGAGCAAAAGGACCUCGGCAGCCCCUUUUACUGGAUCUCGCAGAUGUUUGAGGAUGAUUGGUCUUUGGAGGACAUCUGGCAUCGCCAGGGACGCACGAAGGCGGCCAAGGACCCGGACGUGAUGCCGGUCUCCAAGCCUCUCAGAGCAAAACGACGCAAGUGA